AUGGGCAUCCAUGCUGUUAGCGUCAUACUAGAGGCUAUCGUUAGAGAUGCCCGACAUGCUACUAUCGCAAAGUUCAUUCAAAAUGAACUUGACGCUAAACGCGAGAAAGUAGCCUUGCUUCACCAACAAGGUUCUCAAAAAGCAGAGUUGUUGAGAGAAAAGGGUGCUCAACAGUUUGAACCGUUGAAACAGCAGCAGGCUGCUGCUGGUGGGUCGAUGCACUCGCGUCGACUCGAGACCUUGAAGAUUGACAUCUCCAAGUACAGGGGAGUCGAAGAGGACUCCCUCUUGAGAUGGUUUGUCGAGUUAGACGACACCAUGAGGGCGCGUCGCAUCUACGACGGGGAUAUGCAAGCUGCAUUUGCCCAGUCAAAUCUGGCAGGAAGUGCCAAGACUUGGGCUUUGAAAGUCAAGUUGCACGACCCAUAUGCGUUUGGGUCGUUAGAAGUCUUCAAGUCGCGGAUCAGACAAACGAUUGAACCGCCUAGAGCUGAGUUCAGAGCUCGAACCGAACUCUUGAAGCUUAAACAAGGUAAGCGUGAUGUGCACGCUUAA